CUGCUCACCACUCCAAGUGUCUCUAGUGGAUCAACAAACAGCUGAACAGCCUUUCAGAGUUGCAGGGCUUUACUCUCUGCAACAAAAGGACAUUAUAGAACCUUCAUGUUUGCAGUUACAUAUAAUGAAAAAUCUCAGAAAAUGAUGCACCCUGUUGCCAGCAGUAAUCCAGCUUUCUGUGGGACUGGCAAGAGCUCUUGCCUGAACGAAGACAAUGUGAGGGCUGCGGAUCAGUUUGACCUCUAUGCCACACAGCAGAGCAAGUACAGCCACGCAGUCAGCCACAAACCCAUUGCCUGCCAGAGACAAGAUGCCUUGAACGACUCCCACUUGCAGACCACAAGUGGCAGGAAUUUAGAGACAAAAGAUGAACUAAAGAAAAAGAAAAACCUCAACCGCUCCGGGAAACGUGGAAGGCCGUCAGGGACCACGAAAUCAGCAGGGUACCGGACCAGCACAGGUCGACCCCUGGGGACCACCAAAGCAGCUGGAUUUAAGACAAGUCCAGGCAGACCCUUGGGUACAACUAAAGCAGCAGGAUACAAAGUCAGCCCAGGCAGACCUCCAGGUAGCAUUAAAGCUCUAUCACGGCUUGCAAAUCUAAAUUAUACUUGUGGCAGUGCAGCUUUUCCUUACCCUAUGGUGCAUAACAGAGGAGUCCAUGCUGCUGGUGAAACUAGCAGCAAAAUCAAACAGCCUAAUGAAUGAAGGGAGGGAAUGAGUAACUCCUUACUAAUCUGCUUUAUGCUGAUUUUGGGCAUGUUUCUUGAGUUUUCAUAUAGUGUUUGCUUAAGUCUGAGCUUCUAGAUUUUAUUUCAAUAAUGCCAUAACCUACGGGUGCAAUUGAUAACUUCUACAGAAUGUUGAGAAGGCUUCGGUUUAAUGAGGCUUCUGUUGAUUUUAAAUCAUAAUUUAUAAGGAAGUCUAAAAUGAUACAUUAUGCCUUGGUGUCUAUACUUAAGUAAUGUCCAUAUCCCUAGUUUUAAGUUCAGUUUCUCAUAAAUCUAUAUGUGUGGUUAUGCAUUAAAUAAUUGAAAUGAGGAGGACAGAAAUUAGCUGAUUGAUGAUUCAUGAUGUGGCCUGUCCCACAAUAAGCAACUUAGCCAGUUAAGUUCUUACUUGGUAAGAAAAACUGAUAAACAAAGUGGCAAGCCACAUUGUCCACUUCUGCAGGACCUUCUACAGACCUCAGAUAGACUUAAAAUAGUCUUAAAAACUUAAACAAAAAAAAAAAAUCCCAACCUUUUUCAUAAAGUGAUUUCCAGUGGCUUUUAUUUCUGGAGUUGUAGCAUUAAGUGAAUUUCAACUAAUGCUCCAAAAAUAUUUUGGAAGAUAUUAAAGAAACCUGAGCAUUUGUACAGUGUGUUACAGCUUCACAGCGCCUUACAAAGACAAGUUACUUUGCCUUUAGGUGAGAGCUGUUCUUUUAGUUACACUGUUACAGGAUUUUGCUGUAUAAUUUAUAAUGUAUAAAUGCUUAAUAGUACAUGUACCAAACCACAAAUAAUUCUUUGCAAUUUGAAAUAUUUUAUAAGAAAUUAAGUACUGUUCAUUCUAGUUAGCCACUUGAUUAAUAUUAAACAGUAUGUUCUUAAAUCUGUAAAUAGCUAUUUACGCUGGCUUUUGCCUUUCAAAUCUGUGCUUAGAUGGCGACAGUUUAAUAGCUUUUAAAGUAAUAACCUAUAAUGUUUACAAAUUAAAUUUUUUAAAUAGACACUGUUGCCAAAUUUUUAGACUCAGUUUUGCCAGAUAUUCCUGGAAAUAGUUAUUUCAUUCUUAGACAUUUAUACUAGAUUUAAGUUAUGGAAGCUUAUAUAUCUACCAAAGGACACAAUUGUCAUGAUUUAUAAAAGCAAACUGAAUAGCUGAUGCAAACAGGAUGCAGUUUACUGCACCGCUAGAUCCCAGAUAUAGAGUAAUUCAUCUAUGCAUGCAAGCUGGAAAAAAAUGUUGGUUAACUAUAAAUACCUUUUUUGACUCAAACUAAAACCUCCCCUUCUCCCAAAAGAAAUGUUCUUUUUCAACUGAGUGUGUUUAAUUUUUUUAAGUGUGGGUCAAUGCGUGAGUGUAUAAAUACUUUCAUUCAGACUUCAAAAGAAAAAAUAAAUCAGUCCUC